AUGAUCAGCUCAAUCACGUUGCCCCCACCCUCCAGCCUGGCGAGACGACUGCCCUUGACGCCUACGUCAAAAAGGUGCGCAUUGACUUUCGUCACGCAAUUCCUAUCGCUGACACACCUUUCGCAGCUCGAAGCCGAAUUGAACGCCGUUCGCUUGUCCCUGCAAAACGCAAAUGAUGAAAACCAAAGAAGGGCUGGAGAGCUGUCUAUAAUCCGCGCAAGACAACUGAAACUUGACAAAGAACACGAAGAUCAGUUGCAGGCCUUGAACAAGUCGCAUGCUGAUGAUGCCGCGAGGCACAAGGCUGAUUUGGAUGCAAAGAAAAAAGAGAUUGAAGCCUAUGAAACAAGCAAUCGUUUCCUAGAACAUGAUCUGGCUCAGGCACGGGACGAAAGGGCAAAGAGGCUCAAGCCUACCAAAACCAACACGGGCAAACUCACACGUCAGCCCUCUCAGUCUUUGCCUUACCGCGAUGGCUUUGAUGACAAUGAGAUUGUGACCUUAUCUCCUUCGAAGCCAAAGGAUAGAUCCAAAUCUUCCACUCCCAAGGUAGGUGAGAAGCGAAAGAGGAAUUUUGCUGUCAGUCCUGCUCCUCAUCUUCAACUGAAUGCCCAACCAUCUGUAUCCUCCUCACCAGCUCUGAAUGCCGCCGCAUCAACACCAAUAUUCGAGGAGUUGAUCCGACCACAAGAUGAUUCGCAAUUUCAGAUGAUUCGUCGUCUUAUGAACCAUCGGCCAUCCAAUUCUCGAGAACGAGUAUUAGAAACACUAAGUCGGCUCUCUUUUCCAUCUUUGCCGGGACAAUCCAUAUCUGGUCUGAUCACCGAAGGCUUGUCUCAAUUCAUUGCCGUGGAUGAUGACGACAAUUUUUCUGUCUAUGCCUGCAAUCUACUUUCGGACCUGUGGGAACGAUGUUUGCAUGACAAGAUGUAUACGCCAGUCUACUUAAUUCUGGAUCUGUACGAGUUAGUCUUAGCCAUGUCUGCUGAGCCUCCAAAACUCUCGCUGAUCGAGCGUUUCCUCCCACUCGCAACCAAAACCAUUGAUUUGGUUGCGCUGCCACGAGUGCGCCUUCAUGCGGGCGCUCAUGUAGAUUCGCAUCUUCUCGAGUGCAUCAACGUAGAUCAAAUCCUCACUCUGAUGCAUGGUAUGGCAUUUGACGCCAGUCUCAAGGCGGAAUUUUGUCAAGUAUUUUGGAAGAAGAUGGAGUUUGACUUCACUUUGAUGAUGCUCAACAAGAGUCAACCACUCCCGCAAAUCAUGCUAGUUCUCCAAAUGUUAGGGAGUUCUGCUUUGCCGGAGUCGUUCAGUAUCAUUGCUGAUGACCCAGAGAAGCAAUCUACCUUGGAGGGCCAUACCAUCGAUCGGCUUACAACACUACUUUUUGAGAGGCCCGAGGCGCCUCUGGGGGAGACACCAUAUGAGGACGACGAAGUUGCGGUCUUACAAAUCGAGACAAUACGGGUCUUGAACUCACUUGCCGUCACGAAGCAUGGAAGUGAAGUGCUUGCUCGACACCGCACAGCGAUUGGCCGGCUGGUCCGACUGUUGCAUGUUUCAAUCACCAAGCUCUACGAUCUCCAUCCUACAACUACUCAUGUUUCCACCGAAACAAGCGAGUCACCUAGCUUCAGCACGAUUCAUGAACUCACCACGAGUUUGAUCAAUCUGACGGUGCGUCUGCUAUAUCAUCUAUUGAUGAAUUAUAGCGACACGAUCAACCUCCGGGAGAAGCUUAUGGUAAUACCUGGGGGACAUCACAAGUUUUUGGUAUCUUUGACAAGGCUUGCAUUUUCGGAACAGUUGGUAUACGAAGCUGGGCUUGACAAUGAGGCACUCGACGCUGCACAUGAAAUUUUGGAUGGAAUUUUGAGUCCUGAAGAAGGUGAAGCGGUUGUACAAGCCAUCGAGACGCCUAGAGGACCAAACGGGACGAGGAUGUCUACUUGUAGCUGA